CCCACUCCACUUGUAUCCUCGCAAUGGAAGGAACAACGACCGGUCUUGAUGUUCCAGAUCCAGGCCGUUCUGGCGAUCUGGGUCGUGUUAUGCGGGCUGUGCUCGAGCGUAGAAAAGGGCGACAUGGCCUGAGGGGAUCGACCAGAUCCGCAGCAUCACCCGGGACGGGUGCUGAAGGGAUAUCUCCCUCUGUGACUCGCUAUGUAACCCUACGAACGGCGGCCCAAAACCUUCUGGACCUUAUGCCUCAUACGCUCGCUGACUCACAAACAAUAUGGACAUCUUUCCUUCAAACAGUCAUCCAAGCCUGCAAUCAACCACCAUCGGUGAACGUGGCUUUUGUCGGUCCGAUGGCCGCAGGAAAAAGCAAGCUACAAAAUGUUCUGCUUGGCGCUUCCGUCAACAAAGUGGGCUCACUGGGUGUAGGCACUCAUCAUCCCACAAAUAUAGCCUUCGCAUAAGCCAAUACAUCUAAAAGAGCCUUUGAGCUCUUUACCGCUGAAGAAUUGACACGAGCAAUACGAAGUCUGUUGGAUGACGCGACCGAUCAUAAUCAAGAUGAAGAUGAGCUGGCUGCUACUAUGGAUGCAUUAUCAACAAUUUUUGGCCGGUCUGUAACUCUGACAAUACGACUUUACUCCGCAUUAAUCCUGCCCCAAAGAAAAGUAGAUCGAAACGUCAUCCAGAAUCGUCGGACUUUGGAAAGCUUGAUCGCGGGCUCUCCGUUCUUCGGUCAACUCGGCAACACAAUCGUUAUCAAUGAGGGUGACUCUCAAAAAUCAGGAGAGGUAAGAUCCGGGAAUCUUCUGGGUACCCCUGGUCCGAGCCCCGAUGUGGGUCAGAUGGCCCUGCAACUCCCCAUUAAAAUGGAAUACCGCUGGGUUACAAGUGAUCUGAUACAAAAUGGCCUAAAUUUCUUAGACUCUCCCGGCCUCGGCGACACUGAUUAUCUUCGUUCAGCAGGGGCUGAACGUGCUCUGAUGCAAGCGGCGAUUAUAUGUAUUGUUGCCCCCAUUGAGCGUUGCGAGGAAAACAAAAUUGCACGCUCUUUGGCAAGGUUGUGUCAAAAGGAAUGCUUAAUGGGAAGGCCAGCUCAACUUGUAUUCAUAUGCACACAGUGUGAUCACGGUAUUGGAGAUGAUUCCCACCAAGAAGAGUUUAUGACAGAAGAUUCUCAUCAUGAAGUUGAUAGUACUCUUCAAGAGAUGAAGAGAUGGGAAGAAGAGCUCGAAGAAUGGGGUGCUUUGAAAACGGCUCUGGAAGAAGAUGACAGCGAAACUGAAGAGAGGCCAAGGAAGCGAGCAAGGCAUGAGGACGCCUCCGACAAUCCUACUUCAGGGAGGAUGGCAGAUUGCGAUGAUUGGCCUAUGCUCGACGAUGACGAGACACUUCGAGAUGCUAACAAUCAUAUCCAAAGCUUGGAAACGAGCAUCAAGGCUGCUAGAUUCAAGAUCCGAAAUACUGUCAUGCUUGCGAGAAAUGGAUAUGCAAAGAAGAGAAUGUCGGCGACUCUCGAGAAGUGGCUCCCGAAGAUGGACACUUCCUCUAUUCGUAUCUUUUCGGUGGCAGCAGAAUGCUAUCAAGAACUCAAGAAAAGACGGUCAGAUGGUUGUCAUGGAAAUGUAGACGAAACCCAGAUUCCUCAACUUCGUGCCUAUCUAAUGUCAGAGGGAGAGACAAAUCUGAAGCUGCAUGCCGCCCGCCUGGAGCGGGACUUGGUGUUGACCGCAGAACGCAUCCUUAACUUUUUCUCAUCUGAAGGCCAGGCAAACGUUGACCUGUCGAACGCGCUAUCGGCUUUCUUCGGCGGCGAACAGGACAGGGUACAGUAUCGUUUGGAUGACAGGCUGGCCCAACUAUGCAGUAAGAGCUUUGACUGGGUCAACGGAAUGGUGCCCAUUAUGCUUGAAGCAGCCCAGAAGCUAGCAGCACACUUAAGGCACAAUCCAGACGCAAUUUUCAAAGACCGAUAUGACGAGCCCAUAACCAAGGCUCUAGUAUCUUUUAUCGAAAUGAUGGUGCUGCCUUGGAACCAAGCGUUUCUUACCAUUCGUCAAUUCUUAAUUGAUAUCACGGAUUCCCUCUUUGACGAAGCAGCCUGGAUUAUUGGAGAACUCGAUAAGUUGGAGUACCUCGGAAACGAGAACUUGCGGAAGCUUCUCAGCAGUAUUGGGAGAACAGAGAAAAGGGCAUUUCGACAGAGGAUAAAAGAGGCAGCAUAUCAUUGCGGAGAUGAGAUGGGUGCAGCACGGCGGAAUGCAAGGAAAGAUCUUGCUCAGUACAUUCAACAAGAGUUGACACCAACAUAUGAAAAGGUGAUGGAAGGAAAAGGCAGAGGAUUCGUAGCUGCAUCGAAGGAGCUCAUCGUCCAUGCCUUAACUACUGACGACAGCACCAUUCUCACCACGAGCGGUCAUAUUCUCGUCAACGGCCUGUCAGGUUAUUACAGUCAGGCACUUCAGGGCAUCGGUGGAGCCAUGCAAACAGCCGUCCGGGAGCUCAAGAAGGCCUACCUUGAUACAGGAACUAAGAUAGACGAAACUGACGAGCGAGAUGUACGGGCACGCAGAGCGUUUCUAGAAUAUGCGAUGAAAGUUCUGAGCGAAAUGCAAUAUUCGAAAGAUAGUGCAGAGUCAAACUAGGGCAAGACAAAUAUUUC